GCAUGCUCCGCGGGGAAGAUCCGGGCUCGGGGCAGGAUGAAUGCUAAUGUCCAAAAUGGCGGCGGAGGGAGGAGGGAAGGAGAUGAACGAAAUUAAAAGUCAGUUCACCACCCGGGAAGGCGUCUACAAACUCCUCAGUCACUCCGAAUAUAGCCGCCCCAACCGGGUCCCUUUCAAUUCGCAGGGCUCCAACCCGGUGAAGGUCUCCUUCGUGAACGUCAACGACCAGUCCGGUAACGGGGAUAGGGUCUGCUUCAAUGUGGGCCGGGAGCUUUACUUUUACAUCUACAAAGGCGUCAGGAAGGCUGCUGAUUUAAGUAAACCCAUAGAUAAAAGGAUAUACAAGGGAACACAGCCCACCUGCCAUGACUUCAACCACCUGACGGCCACGGCAGAGAGUGUUUCCCUGCUCGUAGGAUUCUCUGCUGGUCAGGUCCAGCUCAUAGACCCUAUAAAGAAGGAAACCAGCAAGCUAUUUAAUGAAGAAAGGUUAAUAGACAAGUCAAGAGUGACGUGUGUGAAGUGGGUGCCCGGCUCGGAAAGCCUGUUCCUUGUAGCUCACUCCAGUGGCAAUAUGUACUUGUAUAACGUGGAGCACACUUGCGGCACCACUGCCCCACACUACCAGCUGCUGAAGCAGGGUGAAAACUACGCCGUGCACACCUGCAAGAGCAAAUCCACCAGAAACCCUUUGCUGAAAUGGACGGUGGGCGAGGGGGCCCUCAAUGAGUUUGCAUUUUCCCCUGAUGGGAAGUUCUUGGCGUGUGCGAGUCAGGACGGGUUUCUCCGUGUUUUUAAUUUCGACUCGGUGGAGCUACACGGUACAAUGAAAAGCUACUUCGGGGGACUGCUGUGUGUGUGUUGGAGCCCGGAUGGCAAAUACAUUGUCACGGGUGGAGAGGACGAUUUGGUUACAGUUUGGUCUUUUUUGGACUGCAGAGUAAUAGCCAGGGGUCAUGGACAUAAAUCCUGGGUAAGUGUGGUGGCCUUUGACCCUUACACUACAAGCGUGGAAGAGGGCGACCCCAUGGAGUUCAGUGGGAGUGACGAGGACUUCCAAGACCAGAUCCACUUUGGUCGAGACAGGGCAAACAGCACACAGUCUAGGCUAUCCAAAAGGAAUUCUACAGACAGCCGUCCGGUAAGUGUCACGUAUAGGUUUGGCUCUGUCGGACAGGACACGCAACUGUGCUUAUGGGACCUCACGGAAGACAUCCUCUUUCCCCAUCUUCCCCUCUCCCGAACGAGGACACACACAAACGUUAUGAAUGCCACGAGUCCGCCUGCAGGCAGUGGCGGUACCAACCCAGGAAGCAACGGAAACAACAGCAUUAGUAGCAGCGGCAGCACCCCAGGCAACUCGCUACCUCCCCAGCUUCCUCGUUCCAACAGCCUUCCGCACUCUGCAGCAGCCAACGCCAACAGCAAGAGCAGCACCGUGGACGGUGCCAUCGCUUCAGGGGUCAGCAAGUUUGCAACGCUGUCAUUGCACGACCGCAAGGAACGGCACCACGAGAAAGACCACAAGAGGAAUCACAGCAUGGGACACAUCACUAGCAAAAGCAGCGACAAACUGAACCUUGUUACUAAAACUAAAACGGACCCUGCAAAGACACUGGGAACUCCCCUCUGUCCCCGAAUGGAAGAUGUUCCCUUGUUAGAGCCUCUCAUCUGUAAAAAGAUAGCACACGAAAGACUUGCUGUCUUGAUAUUUCUUGAGGACUGUUUAGUUACUGCCUGUCAGGAGGGAUUUAUUUGCACAUGGGCGAGGCCUGGAAAAGUGGGUUUACUUUCAUCCCAAAACCAAGCGAACUCUCCCAGCGGGACUGUUGUAUAGCUGUCUCAAUUCUGCUGCUAAGAGCCCUUCAUCACUGACGAGCAGUAACGACGCCAGAGCCCGGAGCUGUUCUUCAUCCACACACAAUUAGAAGUGCUUUUGUUUUUUCUUUUUGAUGUGGACUAGUAUGAGAGGUAGUAAUAUCUGCAAGCACGGACAGGAUGAGGUGCAAUGAAAAAAAAUUCUGGAAAACAUUGAAACUGCAAACCCAAGAAGGAUUCUUUUUCUUUGUCUUUUCUUUGGAAAAUGUUUUCAGUUAUCCUUUUGCAGUUCACUUGAAGACUUCCACUUUAAGUUUUCCUUGGUUUAAUGUUUCUCCAUUUCUUCAAACUUUGGUGUAAUUUAAUCAUAUGUAAUAUUGUGUAUAAAAGAAAAAAAAUCUAUCCUUUAAAAAAACAAAAAAAACAAAUCCCAGUAAGUUAAUGAUCUAUUUGAAUUAGUAUUUCACCAUUGUGUACUUUGCACUGA